ACAGGGUCGACAGCGUAUUAAUCGUCUCCGCGUCUCGCGAGAUAACGCGAUCCCAUUCAAAAUCCCGCGGGUCGCGCACGCGCAGGUGGUCGCGGGCCAAUCACCUCGUCGCCUCGAAGCGGCCGUCCGUCUCUGUCCGUAGCGACACUGCGGGUACACGAUGUGAUAGUAUUUUUCGAAAAAUGUGUCGGUCUUUCGCGCACUCAUGCGUCCGGUUUUUCACGUGAGCCCGCCGCGAUCCAUCGAGCGCUUUAUCCCGUGGCUGCCAUCGCCGUCGGCGUGAUAAUAAUGGGCCAGUCGUCGAGCAACACCGGGCACAGCGCACCAAGAUCAUCCAGUGCGGGUACCAACAACCUCCCACCUCUGACGUUCCAUCAGGUUCAUGGUGACAAUAUCAGACUUUGCAAUGGCGGGACCAUCGCCAGAAGACACGAGAGCUUCUGCAAGGGUGUCACGUUCAGCGCGCGGCCCGUGCGAGUCGGAGAAAAGGUCUGCGUCAAAUUCCUCGAGAUCUCCGACAACUGGAGCGGCGUGAUACGGUUCGGUUUCACGAGCAACGACCCGAUCAACCUCAGGAACGGUCUGCCGAGGUACGCCUGCCCGGACCUGACGAACAAACCCGGUUAUUGGGCGAAGGCACUCGCCGAGAGGUUAGCCGAGAGGGAAACGGUCCUCUUCUACUAUGUCACGUCGGCCGGUGACGUGCAUUUCGGCGUCAAUGGGGAGGAGAAGGGAUUAUUCUUCAGCGGCGUGGAGACCCGCGGCCCUCUCUGGGCUAUCAUCGACGUGUACGGUAACAGCACCGCCAUCGAGUUCGUCGAUCCCAACAGGCAACACUUCAACAACAUCAGAAGAGGCGCCGAGCAUAGCAACGAGGAGAACACGCAGCACAGCAGGCACACGGCCAUGGAGUCGGUCGUCCCGUCCAUGCAGAACCUGUCGAUCGAUGACAUCGACGUCGACCUACCAGUGCUCAGGUUUCAGCCUCCUGAUGUCAUCUUCAGAUCGUUACCCUUCCACUCAAUUCGCGGCAGGAACAUCUACUUCAGCAACCAACAGUGCGUGGCGACGCGCAGCGACACGGAAUUCUGUCACGGCUAUGCGUUCACAAGCCGACCGUUGCUGCUGGGCGAGCGACUGGUCGUGCAAAUCCUCUCCACGGAACCAAUGUACGUCGGUGCUCUCGCUCUGGGUCUGACCUCCUGCGAUCCAGCUCGAUUAACCCCGGAGGACCUACCGGACGACAGUGAUCUGCUUUUAGAUCGUCCGGAGUACUGGGUGGUCUCGAAAGAUGUAGCCUCGAAUCCUCAACCGGGCGAUGAGAUAGCCUUCACAGUGACCCACUUUGGGGAGGUUCAAAUGAGCAAAAAUGACGGACCACCGAAUGUCGUAAUGCACGUCGACCAGAGUCUCCAGCUCUGGGCGUUCGUGGAUGUUUAUGGCAGCACACAAAUGGUCAGAAUGUUGGUCAGCAAGCCAACAUCACCACCGAAACAACGUCAGAGCAAUCCUUCUCCGGCGACCAUUGUCCAGCAACAGCAACAACAGCAACAACAGCAGCACUCGAAUCACAGCAACGCUGCCACCGAGCUCUCAAGAUUCUCCGAAAUGGUUCAGUUCAAGCCAGCCGUAGGUGGCGGUACUGUCCUUGUAGUGAACUUGCCGCCUCAGACAGGCUACCCAGCACCGCCUUCAACCACUACCCAGCCCACCUACGCGUCCGCUGGGCACAGAAAUUCUCAUGCGCACCGCACGACGACCGCUGCCGCGUCCACGUCGCAUCCAGGAUCAUCUAGGCAAUCCUCGCCGCCGUCGACGGGCACCAUGGCCAGUACCGGUUCGUCGACCUAUGUGGAGCCAGUUAACUACCAAAGUUUGGACGGCACCCUAACAUCACAAGCGUCCUCCCACUUGCAACAAUGGAGCGAGGGCCUCCAGCCAACGCCGGGACAACCAAGCGAGUGCUCGAUCUGCUACGAGAGAAGCAUCGACAGCGUUCUGUACAUGUGCGGACACAUGUGCAUGUGCUAUGCCUGCGCCAUCCAGCAAUGGUGUGGCAAAGGUGGCGGCCACUGUCCCCUCUGCAGAGCACCGAUCCGAGACGUGAUUCGAAUCUACAGAUCCUGAACGCAGGCGCAGGCUCUCCGCGGAAGGAACAGUUCCAAGGGCUGAUGUCUCCUGAUUCGUUAACUCCUCUGCGAAUAGGCAAACGCUUCAGCCGUGGUUCUAGCACGGUGCCCGGUUGCUUUCUUAGUUCUCGGUGUUCUCGUCUCCGAGAAAGAGAAAAACUUUACUCAGGACGUAGCUGGAUAUAUCUUCAAACGACGCGCUCAAUUAUUCCUCACCACCGAUUUUUUGCCUCUUCGGUCUGGAUACUAAGCGGGCGGCUUCUCGAUUGUUGGAUCGUUAGGAUGUGACGGUGGUCGAAGAGACCUGUUCUUCGAUGUUUUCUUGGCGGUGAUUGGGCACGAUAUACCGAUGCCCGAGUGCUGGAACACUCCUCGUCAAUUAGGAUGUCAAUAGGAAAGAAUGGGAAAUUGUAUCCCCGCGGUUCACUGCCACCGUUAACAUACCCUCCGGACGAGAACACGGGACACGCUUUUCUGCGGACCCCGACACCACUGCCGGGUCGGUCAGCGAUUUCGCUAUCCUCGGUCGUGACAUCGAUGAAGAUUAUCACGCGUACAAGUGAACUCGAGACUGUUCCGAUUCCGAACGAGUGACCACUAAAGAACAUCGCGGUGUGAGCUAUCGAGAGACCAGGAGGAGAGACUAGAGAAUAAGAAUGUCUGAGCGGGAGAGAAAAUGAGGUAUGAAUGCAACAAAGAGAAAAGAGUAACAUUGAUCUUAGAUAUUUUCACAAUCGACAUUAUUAUAU